CGCAACGACACCCCCUCAACCUCCAUAACCUAGCAAAAUGGAACUUCAUUCAUUUCUAACCCUAGCAGUGGCAGCCCUUUUCCUCCUUUCGCCGGCCGUCUCCGGCUACUCUGCGGCCGACGUGAGUUCCUGGUGCCGCCAAACCCCCCACCCCGAACCCUGCGAGUACUUCCUAGCCCGCAACCUCUCCACCACCGCCUCCAUCCACCAAAAGUCCGACUUCUUCAAGCUCGCGAUGCAGCUGGCGCUCAACCGCGCCAACCGUGCCCAAACCACCGCCCUCUCGCUCGGCCCCAAGUGCCGCAACGAGCGCGAAAAGGCGGCGUGGACCGAUUGUCUCGAGCUCUACGAGUCCACCGUCCUCCGCCUGAACGAAACCCUAAGCCGCGCCACCACGUGCACCCAGGUGGACGCCCAGACAUGGCUCAGCACCGCGCUCACAAACCUCCAAACUUGCCGGGCCGGGUUCGCGGAGCUCGGCGUCGGUGACUUCAUCCUUCCAUUGAUGUCCAACAACGUGUCCAAGUUGAUAAGCAACACUUUGGCUCUGAAUGUAGUUCCCUCCUCCCCCGAGCCGAGCUACGGCAGGGACGGGUUUCCCUCCUGGGUGAGACCGGGCGACCGUAAGCUCUUGCAGGCUUCUUCUUCUCCUGCGUCUCGAGCAAAUGUGGUGGUGGCGAAGGACGGGUCGGGGAAUUACAAGACGGUGAGCGAGGCGGUCGCGGCGGCAGCGAAGCGGUCCGGGACCGGAAGAUAUGUGAUUUAUGUCAAGGCAGGGAUUUACAAUGAAAAUGUUCAGAUAGGAAGCAAGCUGAAGAAUAUCAUGUUGGUCGGAGAUGGGAUCAGAAAAACUGUCAUUACCGGUAGCAAGAGCGUCGGAGGAGGUUCCACCACAUUCAAUUCAGCCACUGUUGCUGUGGUCGGAGACGGAUUCAUUGGCCGGGGGAUCACAUUCCGGAACACCGCCGGAGCGAAAAACCACCAGGCGGUGGCUCUCCGGUCGGGUUCAGACCUCUCGGUGUUCUACCAAUGCAGCUUCGAGGGCUACCAAGACACGCUUUACGUUCAUUCGGAUAGACAAUUCUACAGAGAGUGCGACAUCUACGGCACCGUCGACUUCAUCUUCGGCAACGCCGCCGUCGUCUUCCAGAACUGCAACAUCUACGCCAGAAACCCUCCCAACAAGACCAACACGAUCACCGCGCAAGGCCGGACAGACCCCAACCAGAACACCGGAAUCUCCAUCCACAACUCCAGAGUCACCGCCGCCAGCGACCUCAAGGCGGUGCAGAGCUCCGUGAAAACUUACCUCGGGCGGCCGUGGAAAAUGUACUCGAGAACGGUGUUUAUAAAGACGUAUCUCGAUGGAUUGAUAAAUCCGGCGGGUUGGUUGGAGUGGGACGGGAAUUUUGCGCUUAACACUUUGUAUUACGGGGAGUACAUGAACACCGGACCUGGGUCGUCGACGGCGAAUCGAGUGAAGUGGGGUGGGUAUCGUGUCAUCACCAGCGCCACCGAAGCUUCGAAAUUCACCGUCGGGAACUUCAUUGCCGGCGGGUCUUGGUUGCCGUCUACGGGUGUUCCGUUCACUUCUGGGCUUUGAAUUUUUUUUUUUUCAAAACUUGG